UAUAUAAUUUCUUGAUUAUAGCAUAUUUAAAAAAAUGAUAAAAAUGAUGAAGAAAAGGAGUAUAUGGUCAUUUAACAGUGUAUAUAUUAGUAUGGAAACGUAUUCAAGAAAAAGGGAUUUUUUUUUUCCAAUAUUAUUGCCACAAUUAAAAAAAUAUGGUAUAAAAAGUGUAUGUUCAGGUUGUGGGUCAGAAUUUGAAGAGAAUGAAAGAAAAUAUUCAUCAAAUACUAUGUUUAACAAGACAGAAACUAUUAAAAGUUUUAAUAAUUUAAAAAAACAGAGAGAAAAUGAUAUAUAUAAUGAGGCAGUAGCUAAUCUUGAUGAAACAAUGCGUUUAGAGCUUUUAAAUACAUUUAAACAAGAGAGAUUAACAAGAUUUCAUAAAGAAAAAAAGGUUAAAAAAAGGGAAAUAUGUAAACGAUGUCAUAAUUUAGUUCAUCAUUCAACAUUAUCAACAGAAUUUCCUAUACUUCCACAGAAAUUAUCAUCAGCAAAUUGGUUAUCAAUAUUUUUGAAAGAAAAAAAUCCACUUUUGAUAUGUAUAAUUGAUUCUGUUGAUUUUCCUCAUUCAUAUAUAUCAGAAUUGCAUAAUUUAUAUGGAAAAAUAUCACAAAUUUUAUAUGUAAUCAACAAAAUUGAUAUAAUAUGUACAGAAAAAGAUAUGUUAAACAAAAUAAGAGACUAUUUUGUCUCAGAAAUAUCAAAAUUAACUCAAAUUGCGGAAGAACAAAUAAAACCAUUUAUCAUUUUAACAAGUGCUACAAAAGGUUGGGGCAUAGAUCAAUUAAUAACAUCUAUUAACAAAUAUAAAACCAAAAAAAGCAAUAUAUAUUUUAUUGGAAUGGCUAAUGUUGGGAAAUCAUCUAUUAUUUCUAGGUUUGCUAGUCAAGCAGGUUAUGAGGAGACGCCUACUGUUAGUUUUUUACCAGGAACAACUUUAAAUCCAAUAAAUAUAGAUAUGAACAAAUUGAGAAAUUUAUUUAAAGAUGAUGGCAUAAUUAUAGAUACGCCAGGGAUUUCUGAACCGAAUAGACAGUUAUUUAAACAUAUUGAAUGUAACAAAUUGAAAUUUUAUAUACCUAAAAAGAGAUUUCCUAAAAUAAAACCAUUUUCAAUAAAAGCUGGACAAAGUCUUAUAAUAGAAAAAAUUGUUAGAAUUGAUUAUAUAGAUACUUUGAAGAAAGAUAAUCGAUUAAUAGUUACACCAUAUACAUUUCUUCCAAUACAUAUUACAAAUAGAAAGAAAGCUGAACAUAUUUUUAAAACAACUUCAAGUGUUAAUAACAUGACUACAGAUGAUAAAACUUCACUUAAUGAAACAAAAAUUUUGUAUUAUAAUUUGACAGAAAGUAUUGAACAUAAAAAACAUAAAGAUAUUGUAAUUGCAGGAUUUGGAUGGAUCACAGCAAGAAUAAACUAUGGAAGCGCUAAUAUCAAAAUCUUUUCUUUAGAAAGUAAGGGUGUUGUUUUACGUAAUUCUUUAAUGCAAUAUAUAGCAUCACAGCAUAUAUAAAAAUAUAGAUAUUACCAAAACAUUCCUCCCUCAAAUCCAAUUUUUAAUUCCUUUCCAAAAAGAUAAUCCCAACUUUUUGGGCAUUCCAGAUUUUCUGCAAGGUCAUCAAGUUUACAUGCUUUAGCUGUAAUUCUUGCCAUUCGUUUAGCAUCUUCUGUAUUAUCCCCUUCCAUUACAUACAUUACUAAAGCAGUCAUUGAAACAUUUUGACUUAGAGCAUAUUCCAGCAAUGGAAUAAGUGCACCAGAUGAAAAUAAUUUUGGAAAAACUUUCUUUGAUCCUGAUAUUAGUUUAAGUGUAGAAAAAUACUCUGACAAUCCCGAAACAGUUUGAAGUGUCGACAAAAUAAACUCCUUAGGUCUAAAACGUUAUAUACAUCCUUUAUAAAACAUUUUUUUAUAUAUUACCCUUCUAUUUCUGCAUCAUUUCUUCUACAUGCAUCAGUAGACCCUAAUACAAUAACUUCACAAAAUUGUCCUUUCUUAAUAAAAGGCAAUAAAACUUUUUCAACAAAACUUCUUUUUUCUCCUGGUAAUAUAGGUGAUCUCUGUUGAAUAACCGUGAUCUUAUCAUCACCAAAAACUUAAUUAUUCAUGUUUAAAUAAAAUUCAUUUUUUAAUUAUAUUCUUACCAUCCAAAGCUGUCGCAAUUCCACCAUAACAUGGCGCACCUGCAUCUUCUCUAGGUCCCGCAAAAGGAUAAAGUAAUGAAUUAUCAAGUAUAGCUUUUCUUGAAAGGCCUGCUGAAUGUACAAGAAGAUCCACCGCAAGUUGAGGUACAUUACCAAUUGAUACAACCGGAAUAACCAAUAUUGUACCAUAAAACAUUGAAAACUCUUUAUUCUCCAUUAUUUAUGACUAAUUAUAUCUUCUUAAUCUCUAGUUUUCGC